CUGCCUGGCUGAAGCCUGAAGAUGCAGUAAGGACACGAUUACCUGAACACAUCUGGGAAUCUACUGACUGAAGUGCAAAGAUACAGUUAUGGAGAUAGCCGAGUGCACAGACAUAGAAAACAUCAUGAAAACAGAAGAAGAAGCAGAAGAUGAAAAAAGCAAGGAAGAAGACCUGAGCGGUGUGGUGUGUCAGAAAGCCUGGGAGCCAAACUUCUACUGCAUCAUCAACAGAGAGAUUCAUUACUACGCCGGACAUGAAAUCAAGAUCCUGGAGGCUCUUGAUUCUUUUGGCGCCAUCACCUGGCCCGCGGGACUGGCACUGUGCCAGUAUCUGGAUUCUAAUAGAAGAACAAUCAAUCUGCAAGACAAAGCAGUCUUAGAGCUUGGAGCAGGAACUGGCUUGGUAUCCAUUGUGGCCAGCCUCUUGGGUGCUUGGGUAACUGCUAGCGACCUUCCUGAAGUCCUGGGAAACCUGCAAAGUAAUUUGUGCAGAAACACAAGGGGACACUGCAGAUAUACACCACAAGUGGCAGCGCUGUCAUGGGGGUACGACCUGGAACAAUCCUUUCCACAGUCGGUUUAUCGAUAUGACUACGUCCUGGCCGCAGAUGUCGUCUACCAUCAUGACUUCUUGGAGGAGCUCUUGGUAACCAUGCGUCAUUUCUGCCAACCAGGCACAACCCUGAUCUGGGCCAACAAAAUCCGCUUUGGGUCCGACCUACUUUUUACAAAGAACUUUAAAAAGGCGUUUAACACCACAUUACUUGAAGAUAUGGACAAGAUUAAAAUUUACUCUGCCACCAUGAAAGAUCCUGAUGUAGAUGUAGAGAAUGACUGUCCAGAGAUGCUGCUAGAAGAUGCAUUUAAACAGGAAAAUGAGACGGAAGAAGAUAUUAGCAAGAAACAGGGCCAGUAUACUAAUGAGGAUGAAAGUAAUGCAAAUAGAAGAGGAGAAGAAACUCAAGAUACUUGCGAAGGUAAAUAUUUGAAAUAUAUUUGA